AUGCUGUUCGUUAAUAUAUAUGUUGUGCUUUAUACUGCAGCGCGUUCGAUUUACUGUUACGAGUGCGAUUCGUGGACGGAUGCACGUUGCAAGGAUCCGUUCAACUAUACGGCGCUGCCGCAUGAUCAGCCGCCUUUGAUGACCUGCAAUGGCUGCUGUGUGAAGAUGGUGCGACAUCAGCGAUCACCCUACGAGGUGGUGCGAAGCAUGUGUACGUCACAAUUACAAAUCAAUUUAUUCAUGGUCGAUCACGUGUGCAUGAUGGAAAGUUCAGGCAAUGGACAUAUGUGCUUUUGUGAGGAAGAUAUGUGCAAUUCUAGUAAAAGUUUAUACUCAUUCGCUAACGGUUAUCAACAAAUCAUACUAAUCAUCACAAUGCCAUGGCUAAUACUGCUCCAACAGUUUGUGCACAGCUAGAUCAGCAAACCAGAUCAGAUCAGAUCAGAUCCGAUUCGAUCCGGUUCGACCAGAUUAGAUCAGAUCAGAUCAGUUAGUUAGUUUUCCCAGAAGCGUUUAAAAGAACAAUACACAAACACCAAUAACAGUUAACUAGAGACAUAUAUCAUGCCCAACACACACACACACACACACACA